GUCCCCGCUCCCCAGCUCCGCCAGAGCACGCGAGGGCCUCCAGCGGCCGCCCCUCCCCCACCGCAGGGGCGGGGUCCCGCGCCCACCGGAAGGAGCGGGCGCGGGGAGGGCGGCGCUGAUUGGCCGGGGCGGGCCUGACGCCGGCGCCGCUAUAAGAGACCACAAGCGACCCGCAGCGCCAGACGUUCUUCGCCGAGAGUCGUCGGGGUUUCCUGCUUCAACAGUGCUUGGACGGAACCCGGCGCUCGUCCCCCACCCCGGCCGGCCGCCCAUAGCCAGCCCUCCGUCACCUCUUCACCGCGCCCUCGGACUGCCCCAAGGCCUCCGCCGCCGCUCCAGCGCCGCGCAGCCACCGCCGCCGCCGCCGCCUCUCCUUAGUCGCCGCCAUGACGACCGCGUCCACCUCGCAGGUGCGCCAGAACUACCACCAGGACUCAGAGGCCGCCAUCAACCGCCAGAUCAACCUGGAGCUCUACGCCUCCUACGUUUACCUGUCCAUGUCUUACUACUUUGACCGUGAUGAUGUGGCUUUGAAGAACUUUGCCAAAUACUUUCUUCACCAAUCUCAUGAGGAGAGGGAACAUGCUGAGAGACUGAUGAAGCUGCAGAACCAACGAGGUGGCCGAAUCUUCCUUCAGGAUAUCAAGAAACCAGACUGUGAUGACUGGGAGAGCGGGCUGAAUGCGAUGGAGUGUGCAUUACAUUUGGAAAAAAAUGUGAAUCAGUCACUACUGGAACUGCACAAACUGGCCACUGACAAAAAUGACCCGCAUUUGUGUGACUUCAUUGAGACACAUUACCUGAAUGAGCAGGUGAAAGCCAUCAAAGAAUUGGGUGACCACGUGACCAACUUGCGCAAGAUGGGAGCACCCGAAUCUGGCUUGGCAGAAUAUCUCUUUGACAAGCACACCCUGGGAGACAGUGAUAAUGAAAGCUAAGCCUCAGGCUAAUUUCCCCAUAGCCGUGGGGUGACUUCCCUGGUCACCUAGGCAGUGCAUGCAUGUUGGGGUUUCCUUUACCUUUUCUAUAAGUUGUACCAAAACAUCCACUUAAGUUCUUUGAUUUGUACCAUUCCUUCAAAUAAAGAAAUUUGGUACCCAG